AUGUCUUCUUCUAUCCCAGCGCAGUCAGCUCCUUCAGAGCCACAGACCAAGAUCGCACUCGAAUCCAAGGUUAUCGCCAUCACCGGCGCAAACCGUGGAAUUGGCCUCGGUGUCGCGGAGAGCUGUCUCGUGAACGGAGCCGCCCGAAUCUACUCGAUCGACAUCGGCGAACCGGGCGACGAAUUUGCAGCGCUCUCCAAACGCUUCCCAGGCCAACUAUUCGCCCUCCAAGCCGACGUCACCAAAGAGGCCAGCAUCUCAACAGCAGUGGAUAAGAUUGUCGAGGAAGCUGGAGCACUGCAUGGAAUGGUCGUGAAUGCAGGACGGACAAAUCACAAGUCAGCACUGGAUUUUACGACCGAGGAAAUUGAAUCAUUAUUCUCCGUGAACCUAUUUGGAGCAUUCUACACAGCCAGAUGUGCCGCCCGAGCAUUCAUCAAGCUUGGCAUCAAGGGGGCGAUCGUGUUUACUGCCUCCAUGGCCUCCUACCGCCCCAACAAGCGCGUCCCGUCCACCCCCUACGGCGCGUCGAAGGCCGGUAUCCGCAAUAUGACGCACACCCUUGCUAUGGAGUGGGCUCAGCACGGCAUUCGUGUAAACAGUGUCUCUCCUGGUCUGGUAAACACUGCUAUGACAUACUGGGUUCCACAACAGCCUGAUUGGGAGCAACAGCUCAAGUAUUAUGGUGGAUUCCCGAGGCUUGCUGAGGUGCAGGAGCUUGGCGGUGCUUAUGUCUACUUGUUGAGCGAUGCUGCUUCGUAUACGACGUCAAUUGAUAUUCCCGUGAAUGGUGUUAUUGGAAUCUGUUGA